AUGUCAUCCGAAGAGGCUGGCGCAGAAUUUGAGGCAUGUACUGGCUGCCAAUGCCAUGAGCGUCAACCCCUCCCAAUCUGGACCCCCGCCGUUAACCUGAGCGGCGCUACACUUGUCGAGCUACUUGUCCUUGUCGGGCUGCUCAGCGUCAAUACUAUCUCAUUCCUGCAGGCAUUUUCUGGUGGAUCAGGUCUCUCCAAAUCAACGGCAGCGGUGAUAAUUUGGCUGUACGCCUUCUUGAUCAUUAUGCUACCUCUGUAUGUGAGCAAGGCAAGCUGGCUGCAGGACCAAUCUUCAGCACAUUCUAGCACCAUUUAUCUCGUCCAGUGGCUUUCGGGAGCGAUAAAUCUCCGUUCCGCAUUGCUAGAUCACGAACCAAGGCUGGUUUCAUAUACACUACUGCUCAAUCUUGGCCUUGAAACGAUCUUGGUUGGCCUUGUGCUCUUCUCCAGACCUCAAAAGGCAGCGGUACCGACAUCUCUCGAGAAACAAGCUUCAGCGUUUUCGCGUCUUACGUUCUUCUGGAUGGACUCAAUGUUACUGGAAGGGUACACUCAGCGCAUCAGCAUCGACAUGAUGCGUUACUUGGAUCAGGAAGACAAGGUCAGGAGUAUCUUGGCUUCUUAUCGACGACUUCGAAAGGAUGCUGCAUUAUCUUGGAAGUUGGCGUCCCUUUUCAAGGAAUCAUUGGUCUUGCAGGGCACAUGGGCGUUUGUCGCAGGCAUCCUUACUGUGGCCCCUGCCUUGCUUCUGAACCUGAUUCUCAGCUCCCUUGAAGAGCCCGGGCGCUACCCGAAACAUGUAAUUUGGCUUCUUGUCAUACUUUUUCCGCUGAUAGAUCUCAUCAGGUCAGUCGCAGACGGACAGGCCCUUUGGCAGGGUCACAAACUGUGUCUCCGGGCACGCGCUUUGCUCAUUGGCGAGGUAUUCCGAUUGACUUUGCAUCAAAGGUCAGUUUACACCAAGGCACCUACAGUCUCGAAUACGAAAAGCACUCAAUCUACGUUGGAGAGGUUGAAGAAAUGGGUGCGGAUGAUGCUAUCGGCGGAACAGGAUGCCAUUGCCUUGCCAAUCAAUGCGCCCGAUGCCUGCCUGACCGAUCUAGAUGAAACCCAAGACGACUUCAAUGCUGAUGAAUCAGGUGCUGGAAAUGUUGUUAACUUAAUGUCCAUCGACAGCUACAAAGUCGGCGAUGCCUUGGCGAAUCUGCAUCUCCUUACUGUGCAAGCACCGAUGCAGAUCAUCAUCACUAUCGCAAUGCUAUACCAUAUCCUUGGAUGGAGCGCCUUUUCCGGUCUCGCCAUGAUGCUUUUCAUGGUUCCAUUCAAUAUCACGCUUAGUAAAAACCUGGUACGGAAUCAAGAGAAAAUGAUGACGUCGACAGAUCGCCGAAUUCGUGCAGCCAACGACCUUUUCCGGAACAUUCGCACUGUCAAAUUCUUCGUCUGGGAAAAUCAUUUUAGCACAGUGGUGAAUGGAGCACGAAGCAUGGAGAUGAAGAAUUUGCAGAGCCGCAUUGUCUUGUGGGCCGCCGCCAACACCGCCUGGUAUGCUGUGCCUGCUCUGGUAACACUGUUAUCUCUAUUCUGCUACACGACAUUGGGGGGAAAACCUUUACACCCUUCCCUGGCGUUUGCGUCCAUAUCCAUGUUCACACUUCUGCGUGUUCCUUUGGGUAACGUUGGACACGUGUUGGCCCAGGUCAAUGAAGCGAGCGUGUCUCUGAGACGAAUCGAAGAAUUCAUAGGAGAUGCUGAGGACCUGCUGCCGCCUGCCAGGACUACCAUGAAAGACACUACAAGCAGUUCCGUGCUAGGAUUUCAGCGUGCCCAUUUCAGUUGGGCUAAGCCUGGUAGUGCAACUUUGGGCGCUCCCUCAUCAUUCGAACUGCGCGACAUGGAUUUCCGCUUCUAUCCAGCAAAGCUCAACGUCAUCGUAGGUCCGACAGGUUCAGGCAAAAGUUCGCUACUCCUAGCUAUGUUGGGGGAGAUGCCGCUAGUGGAGGGCGAUCUUAUGUUUUCUGACACCCGAAGUCGCGCCUAUGUCGCACAGACUCCUUGGAUAUUUCAUGGAACUAUACGGGAAAACAUCUUAUUCUCGACCCCUUACAAUGCAAAACGAUACCACCAUAUUAUCGACAUUUGCGCUCUCGAGCACGACCUGCAUUGUAUGAGCGCUGGCGAUGCCACGAUGACGGGAGAAAGCGGUAUCACGCUCUCCGGUGGACAAAAGCAGCGAAUCUCCCUUGCCAGAGCGAUCUAUUCGCACUCACAGACCGUGCUCCUGGACGACUGCCUUAGCGCUCUUGAUCCACACACUGCUCAAUCCGUUUUCGAGAACUGCAUUAGAGAGCUUCCUCGCCAAGGUCGUACGUGCGUCCUUGUUACACACAACACGACGCUGUGCGUCCCGGUAGCUGAUUUCGUGGUUGCUCUGGAUAAAGGUCGUGUCGUAGCUCAUGGACCUCCGAGUCAUAUCUUGAAUGCUGGUGUUUUCCCACCAGACGUUCAUGAAGUCUUGGAAUCUGAGAUAGCGCAGAAGGAGCAGAUGCCCGAUGUACUAGAAACAGCGCCGGAGGUCUGGCAACCCCAACUGCCGUCAGCACACGAAAGCCACCAUGUUUCCUCACAACCUGUGAACAAGAUGCUCGAUUUCCAAGAACAUGCAGAUACCGAGGAUGUAGGCGCCAUGGAUUGGUCGACUAGUAAGCUCUACUUGGCUGCCAUGGGAGCUUGGCCAUUCUGGUUAGUCCUGAUUCUCGUGUUCGCGGCAGAACAGGCAGCUGGGGUCGCGUCGACCCUCUGGAUUGGAGGAUGGUCUAACGAGCCCAUUGUGGGUGGCAACACAAGUGAUGCAGGUGUACAAUCGACGCUCCACACAUAUGCCAUGCUACAUCCUACUUCGCAGACGAGGCUUGGCCCCUCUUCGCCCAACGUCCCAUACAACCUGAUGAUAGCAAGCCAAGGCCCGCAGGCGGAUUCCUCUGGCUCCUCGGCCAGUGCUUUAUAUCAUGUUUUCGUCCUUGCCAUGAUCAGCUUCUCGGGCAUCAUGUUGGUGAUGAUGCGAGAAACUUGGGCGGCCUUUGGUUCGCUAACAGCGUCACGGAAACUGCACACCAGGCUGCUCGAUGUCGCCACGAGGUCCACAUUCCGCUUCUUUGAUACAACUCCCCUCGGUCAGCUGAUGAAUCGAUUCAGCAAGGACGUUGAGAUUAUCGAUCAGGAAAUGACGCCAGUUAUUAUCUAUAUGGUUAGCCUCAUCCUCGACACGAUAAUCUCAAUUGUCAUCAUGGCAUGGGUUACGCCGCAGCUCCUUAUCGCAGGAUUCAUCAUUGUUGCCAUCUAUUCAGGCGUAGCUAGCUUUUACCUGCGCUCAUCGCGGGAGUUAAAGGAACAUGAAGCCAAAGGACGGAGUCCAUUAUUCCAGCAAUUCGGCGAGGUACUCGCAGGCCUUAUCACAAUCCGCGCCUACAAUAAUGAGCAACUGUUCAUCGAGAACAACGCAGAACGCAUAGACACACAAUCACGACCCUUCUUCCACCUCUGGGCCGCCAACAGAUGGCUGGCUCUCCGCACCGAGUUCCUUGGGAAUCUCUUGUUCGUCUUAACCAGUGUCUUCGUCCUGCUGAGCCACGACAUCAACCCCGGCUUGGCGGCUGUUUCACUAACAUACGCUAUGAGUUUCUCUAACAACCUCAUCUGGCUCGUCCGCAUGUACGCCGUAUUUGAGCAGAAUAUGAACUCGGUUCACCGUAUCCGUGACACAUUGAACACGGAGCUGGAAGCUGACCCAGACAUUGCGCGCUGUCAUCCCAAGGCUACCUGGCCCUCAAAGGGUACAAUUGAGUUCAGGCGUUUCUCAGCGCGUUACCGAUCAGACCUAGACCUAUGUCUUCGCGAGGUCAGUUUCCGUGCUAACCAAGGAGAGCGCGUAGGUGUUGUCGGCCGUACAGGGGCCGGCAAGAGCACCUUGGGCCUCGCGUUGUUCCGGGCCUUAGAAGCCGAGGUGGGUGCGAUUCUAAUCGACGGUGUCGAUAUCAGUCAAGUCUCGCUAGAACGUCUCCGUCGCUCCGUUACCAUGGUACCUCAGGACCCCAGCCUAUUCGCUGGUACUGUCCGAUCUAACAUAGAUCUUCUACAUGAAUAUUCGGAUGCAGAAGUGAACGAAAUCCUUGACCGCGUCCAACUGUCGGGCGCGGCCGAAGGCGCAAUACACGCAGCAUUUCCUAUCGAUGAUGCUGGGGCGAACCUUUCGCAGGGCCAACGCCAACUCUUGUGUCUGGCGCGCGCCCUCCUACGACGCAGCCGUAUCCUCAUUGUCGACGAGGCCACGGCUUCUAUUGAUCACAGCACCGAUGCUCAGGUACAAGCUGUCCUUGGUAGCCUUGAAGCCACCAUUGUGACAGUGGCGCACCGCCUCGCCACUGUUGCCGAUCACGAUCGCAUCAUCGUUCUGGAUCGUGGUACAGUGAUCGAACAGGGUCCUCCUUGGGUGCUACUUCGUGACCCCCAAGGUGCUUUUCGCGGCAUGUGCGAGACGAGUGGCGAAUUGGAAAGUCUAGUGAAUAUCGCUGAAUGCGCACAACGCCGGAGACGUCUCAUCGAUCUAGACUCUUGA